CGUCAUGGCCACGAGGAGAGAGGAGCGGCGGCAGCGGGAGCGCUCGUGCCGCUGCACCGAUCAGUCCGCCUCCACGCAGCGCAGCCUUUAUCUUUUACUCCCACCUCGACCCCAAACACAAGGUGAUGGCUCUGCCGGUGUGGGCACAUUCUCGCUGCAGCUCGUCUUGAUCGUGUUGACGGAGGAAGUUUUAGAACAUUUCGGGGGCUUUCGCCUUGUUUAAGAAACGGGAACUGGAGACGCAGACGUGUGAGGAAGCGUUUAUCAAACCUCACCUGCUGUAACGCAGUUUCUGUGACUGGGGCGCGCGGAGAGGAGCAGAAACGAGACGAGCGCGAGCCGACGGGCGCGCGACGGGGCUGAGAGGAGCCAUGCUCGGGGGCGACGGGGAGAGCAGCGCCUUCUCCUCCACGAAGGACGCGGCGGCGGAGAGGCGCAAGUCCCCCGCUGCGGAUGGAGACGACCCGAGCGCCGGCAGCAGGUACAACCACGUGAUGUCCGCCGACCGCUACUACAUCCCCCCCGCGGCGUCGAAGCCAAACCCAGAAACUCCGAACCCCUGCUCCUUCCUCCCCUACGCCCCCGGCGGGGCCGUCUACGCCCCGUCCAGCGCCGGCAGGUACCCGUCGUCGCUCCACCUGGGCUCCGUGCUGCCCGCCGCCGGGUUCUCGCCCCCAGCAGCCGGGCGGAACCAGUUCAGCCCCACGUACCCGCUGGGGCAGAGCGCCGGCUGCAUCUACCCGCCCUACGCCGGCUCGGGCUCGGCGCUCGGCGGCGUGGCGCUGUCCGCCGCAGGCCCGGGGGCGAGGGCCCAGGUCUACCUCUGCAACCGGCCGCUGUGGCUCAAGUUCCACCGGCACCAGACCGAGAUGAUCAUCACCAAGCAGGGCAGGCGGAUGUUCCCGUUCCUCAGCUUUAAUAUAGCUGCACUCAACUUGACGGCGCACUACAACGUGUUUGUGGAGGUGGUUCUGGCGGACCCGAACCACUGGAGGUUUCAGGGUGGCAAAUGGGUCACCUGCGGGAAGGCGGACAGCAGCAGCCAGGGAAACAAAGUGUAUAUUCACCCAGAGUCUCCGAACACAGGAGCCCACUGGAUGAGACAAGAGAUCUCCUUCAGCAAACUGAAACUCACCAACAACAAAGGCACAAGUCACAGUGCUAAUUCACAGAUGAUUGUCCUGCAGUCUCUGCACAAGUAUCAGCCGAGGCUGCACAUCGUGGAGGUGACGGAGGACGGGGUUGAGGACAUUAACAGUGACGUAAAGACUCAGAGCUUCACUUUUCCAGAGACGCAGUUUAUAGCAGUCACUGCCUAUCAGAACACCGAUAUCACACAGCUGAAAAUUGACCACAAUCCUUUCGCCAAAGGAUUUAGAGAUAAUUAUGAUUCGAUGUACACAGCUCCGGAGAACGACCGCCUCACCCCGUCUCCCACCGACUCUCCGCGGGCCCACCAGAUUGUGCCCGGGGCCCGAUAUUCUAUGCAGCCGCUCUUCCAGGACCAGUUCGUCAACAACCUCCCCCAGAAUCGCUUUUACAACAGCGAGAGAGCGGUGCCACAGACUAACAGCCUCCUCUCACCUCAGACCGAGGACGCCGCUUCACAAAGGUGGUUUGUCUCCAUGCAGCAGGGGGGAAACAGCACCAGCACCAGCACUAAGUUAGACCUGACGCCGUACGAGGGUGAAUAUUCCAGCUCCUUGCUUCCCUAUGGUAUCAAAUCCCUGUCCAUGCAAACGUCCCACGCGCUCAGCUACUAUCCAGACUCUCCUUUCACCACCAUGUCAGCUGGGUGGGGCUCCAGAGCGCCAUAUCAGAGAAAGGUCGCCUCCAGCCUGCCUUGGUCUCCCAGACCCAGUCCCACUGCUGGCUUCCCAGAUACCCUAGAAAAAGUUAAAACGCAGAUUGAAGAGGAGGUGAGCGGCAGUGGCAUGAUCUCCUCCUGGACAGAAACGCAGGAAUCGGCCCAUUCCCUGGAAAAGGCCGAGUCGUAUUCCGCGGCCUGCAAACGAAGGCGUUUGUCCGUCAAUGGUCCGAGCGCGGACGACUCGCCCGCUGACAUCAAGUGUGAGGACUUGGCCUCUGCUGUCACCAAUGGUAGCUCCUAUAGCAAAGAUGCAUCCCUGUCCAAAAGCAUGGCUCCUUAUUACUCCUUUUACACAAACCCUUGAAUGCGUCCACUCCGCAACGUCGCUUUAAUUUCACCCGCUACAAUGAAUUAAAAAAACGUUAUUUUGCUUCUCUGUCGUGGACACCCAGGGUCUGUCUUGGCCGUGGAACACGUUUUAUUUUGUUGUGACACAGGAAAUGGAAAUAUAAAAAAAAGCAAGAAGAUAAAAAUAAUGACAUUAAAAGUCAAGCUUAUCUUGUUUCCUUGAUAAUAUAUUUUUUGGAGCAUGCCACAGCCUUUUAUUUGAAAAAGGAAGAAAUUGGAAAGGGUUUGUGUAAUUUUUCAGAUUCUUUUCUAAAACAGUGUUACAUAUGUUUUACUGCCGCACACACCGCUGUCGCUGCCUUUCAUUUAUUAGUUUACAGAUUAUUUAUUGAGGAACAUGUGCUCUCUUAAAUAUAGGAAUAAUAUGCUGUAAAAAGUUUCAUUUGAAUUUCACACAUUUGAUAAUAAAAGGCAUAUGUGUCCA